GUCGAUUUGGGAGCUGCAUCGACACAGCCGGUCCCAUCGAGACUGUCUGCAACGAAAGGCGACGACCUGCGGGACCGAUGUCAUCCCAGGAGGCGGCCGGGCGGUACUGUUCUGAUCCUCCUCCUGGUGUGUCGCUGCACGAGUUCCAUCACGCUUAUCGGGCCACGUACAGAGACGAGGACGGGUACCGCGAGAAGUCGUUUUCAAUCAACAAGUACGGUGCUGAGGAGGCCCUGCGGCUGGCGAUGGAGGCUCGACAGGCAUACACGAGGGGGACUGUGCUGGUCACCAGCGUCAGAACGGGAAAGGUGACCGCAUACGAAAGCUUCACGGCAGUCGCGCGUGCUCACGGCACCAGUAAGCAGACCAACCAAUCCGACACCUAAACACGGACACGCACUGCACUGUUUCGUGUUGUGCGUGUGUGUGUGUGCAGAUCGGAACACCGUGAGUAUCAUGGCCAACAAAGGGCCCAAAUGGGAGCACUACGUCAGGACGCUCGGUGUGACGGUCCUCCGCGUGGAAUGAACGAGGCGGAGCGGAGAGAGGGCACAUUUGACUGCUUGUCUCUCUCUGACUGCACUACUCGCGAUGGUGUGUGGUAGAUGUGUAAGGUUGUGUGCUUAUCUGUGUCUUGUGUGUGAAUGAAGCAUGUGAUUUGUUUAGUGGGCGAGGCAGACAGGUAGCAUAGCAUGCGUGUGUCGUGUCAGGCAGGCUGGGCCGGCCCGCAGGUGUGUGUCCC